GUGUGCCCUCACAGUCCAUAAGUCCCAGGGAGGCACAUUCUCGGAAGUCGUAUAUAAUUACGAUAAGGGUCAGGAACAGCAGCUAGUUUACGUUGGUCUUUCCAGGGUUACAUCAAUCGACGGAUUGUAUCUGACGAAUGCCAGUAACUCAUUCCGGUUCCACCACGGAAAGGGUUCUAUGACCCCUAGAAUGAACGACCUUCGGACGGAACUUGAACGUUUGAGUAACCAUCGUAUGCGCACCAUUACAGACGAUAUCAUGGAAGCUAUAUCCGCAAACAAGUUGGCUUGUACGUUGAUGAGCAUCAAUGUACAAAGUUUGAAUGCACACUCGUCGGACAUUGCAACAGAUCGGGUGCUUACCGCCGUUGAUUUGCUUGCAAUGAGCGAAACUUGGCUUGACAACGGCACAACCACAAACAUCAAUGGAUACCUUUGUGUUUGUCAAGAGAAGCGUGACGGAACAAGAGCGGGAGGAGUGGCAAUAUUUGAACGUGCUGGUUCGUCGACUAUGGCCGUUUCUCACGCCAUUACGAAGCUCAAUGAAAGCUAUGACCCAGCAUUGAGUGUAGCAGACGAAUAUGGGGACUGCUGUGCUGCAGAGGUUUCGAUCAUGGAAACCCGCACGUUACUGUUUGCGGUAUAUAUUUCACCAGGUACCACCCUGAAGCAAAAGAAAUAUUUCUUAGUGCGCAACCUCAUAAAGUACACCCAUGUUGCCAUGCCCGUGGUAGUGUCGGGAGACUUUAAUAUUGAUGUGACGAAAGAGGAGAACAGAGAUUUCAUCUGGUUCAUGAAGCAGUUUCUCUAUCUGGAUUGUGCUUCGGAUCCAACUAUAGCGACUACUCUGGGUGGCACAUGUCUCGAUCUAACGUUCACCCGGAACGUAAGUGUGGAAUGCAGGAGAUACUGCACGUACUUCUCCUACCACCGGCCUAUUUUGUCGAUUCUUGCGGUGUCCCGAGAACCGAUGCCAUCCCAGUGAAGUGAAUUAACGUCACUGAUCGUCGUUGGUCCGCUAGUUCAUCUGCCAAAACGUUCGAUUUCAACCAGAA